UAUGUAAUAAAAAAGUAUUAAUUUACUUCAUUAAAAUCUUUAGAAAGGAGGAAAAUUUCUCCUUCUGAUUUGAUCUGUUCCUGCAACCUUACAAGAGUGGAAGGAGGAAAGGUCCCUCUAGAUUUUCUGGAGAAAGGGAGUCAUUGGGGAGACACCGGUUUAGGAAUGGGGGACUCAUGGUGUCCAGGUCGUGGUCCUCUGGAGUUUUUGAAUCAAUUAAAGCAAAUAAUGCUCUGUUUUCCACCAGGCCCAGCUGAGCGAUUGGCCAAGGCCGGUCCCGUGACCACGAAUUCCCUGCAAUUUCGUCGGAGUCCUGGGUUUAAUAGAGAGAGUCCCCAUACGCUUGUAUUUAUCAGCAAUAUACAAUUAUAAAGGCCCAAAUUUUAAAAAAAGAGAGCGAAAUCUCCCCCUCCCAAAAUCGUUCCAUCGCACAAACCUGGGGGGGGCAGGAGGGGGGGUCCCUUCCGAUCCUCCCUCCUGACGCCCCCCCCAGCAGGCCCCCUCCCCCACCAUUGAAAGCCAUGAAUUUUGAAUUUGAGAGGGAGAUUGGGUUUAUAAACAGCCAGCCAUCGCUCGCCGAGUGUCUGACUUCCUUCCCCGCUGUCUUGGAGACAUUUCAAACUUCAUCAAUCAAGGAGUCGACAUUAAUUCCUCCUCCUCCUCCUUUCGAGCAAAUCUUCCCCAGCCUCCAGCCCGGCGCCUCCACCCUUCAGAGACCCGGGAGCCAAAAGCAAGCCGAAGAUGGACGCCCAGCCUGCUUUUCAAUAGAUGGCCCGGGACUGCCCGACGCGGGCGGCGGCGGGGCGCGCAGGCUGCGCACCGCCUACACCAACACGCAGCUGCUGGAGCUGGAGAAGGAAUUUCAUUUUAACAAGUACCUGUGCCGGCCUCGUCGGGUGGAGAUCGCGGCCUUGCUGGACCUCACCGAAAGGCAGGUCAAAGUCUGGUUCCAGAACCGGCGCAUGAAACACAAGAGGCAGACGCAGCACCGAGAACAGCCCGACGGGGAGCCAGCCUGCCCCGGUGUCCUAGAGGAAAUUGGAGACCCAGCUGAGGAACCAGCGGCCAGCCCAGGAGGCCCCUCUGUUUCUCGCGUGGUGCGGGAAGCCUGCCUUUAUCCCUCCGAAGUCGCGCCGGGCCCCCCAGGCCCUGAGCCUUUGGCAGCUCACUUGGAGGGUGCGGGUGCUCAGAGCCCUGACUGCGCCCUGCGCAGAGCCGGCGGCCUGGAGCCGGAGUCAUUGCCAGAAGACGCUUUUCCGGAGCGGCAAGAUUCGCCUUUCCUGCCCGAGCUCAACUUCUUUGCGGCCGACUCUUGUCUCCAGCUGUCCGGAGGCCUUUCCCCCAGUCUACAGGGCUCGCUCGACAGCCCAGUGCCCUUUUCCGAGGAAGAGUUGGACUUCUUCACGAGCACGCUUUGUGCCAUCGACCUGCAGUUUCCCUAACCCGUUUCAUCCCCCGACCCUUUCCACCCCCCCGUCCUCCACUGCGUCUGUUGGGAAAAUCGAGCUUCCUCCACCCCAAUUGCAUUUACUUAUGUGUUUUGCUAAAAUUCAGGUAUUAUUGAAUUAGUGUUUAACCUACUUCCUUUUUUGUUUCUCUUUUUAAAAUCACACAGAUAAACUCCGUUUGUUAGACUACUUCCAACGAAAUCUCAGGAAUAAUUAAACUCGGGGGGGGGGUUUCUUAAAAGGAAUUAGAGGGACCUAUUUUCUUCUUUUUUUUUUUACGUUUUAGACUGUAGUUUAUUUAUUAAAAUUCUUUAAUAAUAGGAAAAGGGGAAAGUAUUUAUUGUACAUUAUUUUCAUAGAUUAAAUAAAAUGUCUUUAUAAUAUGAAAA